GCGAGGGGGGCUACGGCUUUCGGAACUGGAUGGCCGGCGAGCCCAACAACCUCCGCGGCAAGGAGGACUGCGUGGAGAUGUCGGGCGGCGGGACGUGGAACGAUGCCCCGUGCGGGCAGCAGAAAAACUUCGUCUGCUACCAGGAUACGCAGCGAGCUCUUCCGGACCGUGUCCAUGGGGAACACCAGCCUGCGCUGGAGGGAGCAGUCGGAUGGGCUGGUUUUCCACCAGGAGGAGGACAGCCGAGGAGGAGGGCGAGGAGGAAGAGGAGGAGGGUAGUGGGUCUCCAGAGGCAACUGAGCUCCAGCCUGAUGGACAUCACUACAUGACCAGGACUGUCCAGCAGGACUGGACCACUAUUCUCAUCCAAACACCAGGAGUAUCUUGUGUGUCCCGGGUCCGAAAAACAGCAUUACUUGAUCCAGACCCACAAGGCUUUAGAUUCCAGCUCUCGAAUCCUAUAUCAGUCUCCUAUAUAGUUUUUGCUGUGAGACAUGUAGCUGCAUAGUUUAUGUGCUUUCUCUUUAUGGGAUUUCUUUAAAAUUGUGUUACCUAGUUUCCCCAGCUUUAAUUGUAUGAUUAAUUAGCAAAAUUGUAAUGACUGUUUAAUUGUGAGAGAACCCAAAAAUGUCACACACAGCUUGGGCAACAGGGCCCUAGUGAUCGAAACAGGUCACGCGUUCUCAGAGCAACGUCCGAGUCAUUGGGCCCAAAACCAGAGAUCACAAUAUUGUCGGGAACGACAAACACCACUACAAACUCGAUCCGGACAUCUGACUGAGACUCUGGAAAUUCCCCAUUUUAGUUUCAUACUUGCUCAUGAGUCCUAGCAACUUCAGCUGUUUUUUUCUAUCUCAUUUUAGCGCUACGAAAUAAAAUAUUCAUUUUCCGUGCA